AUGGCCGCCCCAAAAGACAUCGCGAAGCCUUCAUGGACCAGGACGGUCUCAUACAGCCCAGCUGGUAACCUCAGCGUUUCUCCGACAGCGACUUUCCACUCUCCUCCCUCUGGCCAGGGCAGCUUCCUCACGGGGUCUCUGGCGCAUCGGACUGUUUCCCAGGCAAAGCAGCUCAAACCCUUCAACGCUGAGGAGAUCAAGAUCCUUCUCCUGGAGAACGUGAACCAGUCCGGUGUAGAGAUCCUGAAGGCUCAGGGUUAUCAAGUUGAGUUCCUCAAGACCUCGCUACCCGAGGACGAGCUCAUUGCAAAAAUUAGGGAUGUACAUGUCAUUGGCAUCAGGUCAAAGACAAAACUCACGGCGAAGGUGCUCGCUGAGGCCAAGAACCUACUGGUCAUUGGCUGCUUCUGCAUUGGCACCAACCAAGUAGACCUGGAAUAUGCCGCCAAGCACGGCAUUGCUGUCUUCAACUCUCCCUUCGCCAAUUCGCGCAGUGUGGCCGAGCUGGUCAUCGCUGAGAUCAUCUCCCUGGCGCGGCAGCUGGGCGACCGCUCUCUCGAGAUGCACCGUGGCACCUGGAACAAGGUGAGCAACAAGUGCUGGGAGAUUCGCGGAAAGACCCUGGGCAUCGUCGGUUAUGGCCACAUCGGCUCUCAGCUCUCUGUCCUGGCGGAAGCCAUGGGCAUGAACGUCAUUUACUAUGAUGUUCUCACCCUCAUGGCCAUUGGUACGGCGCGCCAAGUACCGACUCUGGAGGCCCUCCUGGAGGAAGCCGAUUUUGUCACCCUUCACGUUCCCGAGACUCCCGAGACCAAGAACAUGAUCUCGACCAAGCAGUUCGAGCACAUGAAGAACGGCUCCUACCUGAUUAAUGCCAGCCGCGGCACCGUGGUCGACAUUCCUGCGUUGAUCAAGGCCAUGCGCUCUGGCAAGAUUGCUGGUGCGGCCCUGGAUGUCUACCCCAACGAGCCGGCUGCCAACGGCGACUAUUUCACCAACGAUCUUAACACUUGGGCCGAGGAGCUGCGCGGGCUUAAGAACAUCAUCUUGACCCCGCACAUUGGCGGUAGCACGGAGGAGGCGCAGAGGGCCAUUGGCAUUGAGGUCGGUGAGGCGCUGGUCCGUUAUAUCAAUCAGGGCAUCACUCUGGGCAGUGUCAACCUGCCUGAGGUGACGAUGCGCCAGCUGACGCUGGACGAGCCCGAUCAUGCCCGCAUCAUCUACAUCCAUCGCAACGUGCCUGGUGUGCUGCGCAAGGUCAAUGAGAUUCUGGCCGAACACAACGUCGAUAAGCAGAUCUCGGACAGCAAGGGCGACGUUGCGUACCUCAUGGCCGAUAUCAGCAACGUUAAGCCUGAGGAUAUCAAGGAGAUCUACGAUGCGCUCGACUCCCUGACCUCAAGGAUCUUGACUCGCAUUCUGUACUAG